GUUCAAAGAUGGACGAGGAACCGCACGCACAUGAGAGGUUGGUCGCCAAACCGAGGCGACCAUCUGAAAAGAGUUCCAGUGGAAGUGAAGGCAGCCUGACUGCAAGCUCCUCGCAAAUUCCAGUGUUGAGUAGAGAAGAAAUUCCAGGCGACAAAUCAAGGCGACAAACUGGAAGCAGUUUCAAUGGAAGCAGCGGCAAUCUAACUGGAACUGGCUCGCAAAUUCCAGCACUGAACAAUCAAGAAAUUCCAGGCUCAGUGGAAACCACUGAGAAUUUAAGCGCUCCAGCGAGUAGCUUUCUGUUGGAACCCAUGAUAUUGAUACUGCUCUUUGCAUACAAUUUCUCAUCUACCAUAUUAAAAUUCCAAAUAACUUACCAAAGCUGCACGGUCGGAUUUGGUUAUCCGGAUGAGGUCUGCAAGCUUCUGGGCACCAAGAAUCCUUCAAAUGAAACCAAGAGAAUUGAUAAAGAAGUGCAGCCCUAUGCAGCUCAGGUUACACUAGUCAUCAAACUUGUGGAAUGCAUCAUUCCAGCAUUUACCGGUUUGUUCGUCGGCGCCUGGGCGGAUCGCUAUGGCAGAAAGCCGCUUUUGAUGGUCUCCUUUUUGGGCUAUGGACUGCAGUAUCUGCUUUCGGCUCUUAUUGCUUAUAUAACAAUGCAGACCGGUGGCAUGGUGAGUCCGUGGUUUUAUAUACUGACUAUAAUUCCACUCUCGUUGUUCGGAAGUAGUGUAACAUAUUCCGUGGCUGCUUUGUGCUAUAUUGGCGAUGUGUCCACUGGCAAGCUCAGAUCCUACAGAAUGAUUGCCUAUGAAUUGUGCAUCUAUGUGGGUUUAAUGCUGGGCAGCUUAGCCUCCGGUUAUGUUUAUGAGGCAACUAAUUCCUACAUUAUCUUUGUCAUCUCUGCCGGAUGCAUAUUUGUUGCUCUCUUCACCAUGGCUGUCUUCCUACCCGAGAGUCUCCGCACUCGGCCAACGAAUGUGGCAGCCCGUCCAGAAUUUAUGCUCAAGGAUUUGUGGCGCACUUGUACCAAGAGGCGUGAAUUCACCGAUCGCUCCAUACUCAUAAUGCUGAUGUGGGUGCUGUUGUUAACGGCUUUUGCGACGGAGGGCAGCAGCUACGUUUUCUACUGGUUUAUGCGCACCAAGUUCAAUUGGACGGUAAUUGAUUUCACCAGCUAUGAGACGUUCAGCAUAUUUGUACCAGCUGUGGCAGGCUCUGGAGGCAUGUUCUUUCUCUGGUCACUGCGGCAGUGUACGAAUUCAUCGAUGAUUUGGCUGGCUUUAAUCUCGCUAGUGAGUCAUUUAUCCAGCAGUUUGAUGAAAGCAUUUGCCACUGUAGAUUGGCAGAUCUAUUUGGCAAUUGGAUUCGGUAUAUUCAAGUCUCUGGUGAAUCCCAUGUGUCGCACCAUGAUAACCAAUCUGUUGCCUUCCGAUGAGCGUGGUAAGGUCUUUGCCAUGAUCAGUGUGCUGCAGACUCUGUUGCCCUUUGGCUCCACCUCAUUGUAUGCUCUCAUCUAUACGCUGACCAUAAACAAUAGUCCCAGUUUAUUUAAUAUGAUCAGCGCCGAUGUGUAUGGAGUUGCCCUGUUUCUAUUGCUAAUGGUUUUAAAGAAAAAAUGUGAAAAUCAUGAGCACUACGAUCCGGUUUUUAAGUGAGAUAAUUAAAUAUUUUGUAAUUGAAAAAUAGCAUAUAAGUAUUAUUGCAAACCAAAAAAAAAAGAACACUAAAUUGUGCCAGUCAUUCGAAAAUUCGCACGUUGAUUAUAAAAAGUGUUCCUGAACCACAGAGAUUGUGCCUAUUUACAUAAAAAAAGCAAUGUGUUAACUUUAGAUAUCCAUCUAGUUGCUACAGGGGAUUUUUUUGACAAUUCCUGAAAGCCAUAAACAAUGAAAUGACUUAACAAAUAAUUGUUUAUGUGUUGCUUUACAGACGCUUUCUAUACUCAUUUGAUUAUAUUUGGAAUUCGAUUAAAUUGUUUCAUUUGUUUAUAUGGGUUAACAUAGCUAUAUAUGCGAAGAUUGUUGCUAAUUUCUGAACAAUGGCGUGUGCGCGGUCACGUGGCCAUAUUAUGAAUAUCAAAUAAACAAUAAAUAUAU